CAUUUCAAAGCUCUUGGAAUGAAGGAAUAAAAGAAAGAAAACUGGAUCCAACUUCUGUUUCUUAGUUUUGGAAUUCUAAACUUUCUCUCCUCUCCUCUACUCUCCCAUUCUAAUCUCUUGUUCUAUCUCCACUUCUUAUCACGAACUUUCCUGAAAUGAAGCCUGCUUAUUGUGCUUUACUAAUCUCUCUUCUAUUGGUGCUCCUUGUUGGGACUCAAGGAAUUCGUUUGGAACAAGGGUUAAAAUCAUCUCUUCAUCAGAAAAGUGAGGAGAAGGAAAACAGUAUGAUUGAAGCAAAUGCUGGUGUUCUUGGCGAGGUUGUUCCGUGCAGAGACGGGCAUUGUUCAUCAGGAAGGAGUAGAAAUCUUAUGACCAACACAAUCUCUACUUCUACCACAACUACUACUUCAAAGAGUGUCAAGAAGAAUGGAGGGAAACCCACGUCGAAGCGCCAAAAGGGCGACCAAGGGUUUGGUGGCAACGAAGAGAACUUCUCCGUUGAAUCGUCGCCGCCGGUUUCGGAACGCCGGGAGGCUAGCCCCAAGCACUAUCCCGACAUCAUAGACAUAGCGGGGAUGGACUAUUCUCCUAUAAGGAGAAAACCUCCUAUUCACAACUGAAUGGUAACAACCUCCCAAAAAGGCUACUAGCUUUAGAUAUAGAAAGAGAAUAGAGGCUGGACAGCAUUACUGAAAAUGCUGCAUCUUUUUAGGGUUAGGUUCGAUCUUGUACAUAGUAUAUUCUAUAACUCUUACACUAUUUUGAUAAUUGAGUACAUAAUAAA